AUGUUUUCAUGGCAUCAAGCCAGUACAGGACAAUCACAUGAAAUGGAUAUUAUCUUCUGCUGUCUUUCCACUCUCUCUUGCAUGCUACUUCACCCUUACUUUGUCUUCGAUGGGCCAGACUGCCCACAACUCAAGAGGGGAGAAGACAUCGUAGGUUCGACCUCCCCAUGUCUCCUUGUGCAGCACUUUCAAGAGCUGCUGCUAAUGUUUGGUUUCAACUGGCACAUGGCUCCAGGAGAGGCAGAGGCAGAACUUGCUUGUCUUCAAUUGUGCAAACUCAUUGAUGCUGUCAUAAUGCCAUACAAUGAUGCACUAUUGUUUGGCACAACCUGUGUUGUCCACAGUGACUUGCAUUCUGGCAGGUUCGAAGACAUGCAAGUUUACUCCUUGGAAGCCAUAGAAGAUUGCACUGGUCUCAAAUGGGGGGACCUCCUUUUGAUCACACUGAUGGGUAGUGUAGAUGAUGAUAUGGGCUGCCAGUGGUGCAGUGGGGAUGUUGCCUGUCAGUUAGUACACUAUGGCUUUGGAAGGACCCUCUUCCAAGCCACUAUCAUGCUCCAAUUUGUCAAGUUUAUGGAGUUUGUCACCAAGUGGCAUAAUGAUGUCUGUGAGAUACUGAGGACAGAUCCUCAGUGCCUCCUUGGAUGUAGGUACCAUGAACUCACCCACAUCAUCAAGGAGGAACACGUUGAAUUCCCCGACCCUGCCAUACUGGCAAUGUACCUAUUACCUCUCACAUUGUGGUUGGAUGGUGGACAUUCCCCCAUUGCCUUCGUGAUAUCUCAUCAGCCUAAUCUCACCUCCCUUGCAAUGUUCUGCUCACGGCAUCUCGGCUGGUCACUGGAUACCAUCCAGUCAAGAUUGAUUGACACUUCUGUUGGUGCAGCUAUGCAUGCACUUCUACAGGUGAGUCUCGCAGCCAUACUAAAUAUGCCUGUCCAACCUCAUCAUCUGUCAUAUACAGUGCCCAGGUAA